AAAUUGAGUCUUAUAGAUACCCAGUAACACAGUGUUCCCGCUGCUGGAGAUUUGGUCAUUAUGGUGCGCCUGUGCCCGGCCAAUCGACCAAUUUGUCCAAAAUGUGGGAAAAAUCAUGAAAACUGCGAAAAGAUCGAUUUUACGUGCAGCAAUUGCGGCGGUAGACACAUGGCACUGUCCAAAAAUUGUCCAAUAUAUAUAAGAGAACGAAAAAUUCGUGAUCUGAUGUCCGAGUUUAAUUGCUCAUACAAAAGAGCACUGACCUUAUACGUUCCUCCCUCGCCUCCUCCUUCAAGAAGCGUUGAAAGUAACUUCCCGAUUCCUGAAUCUGAAAAAGAAGCAGAUGAUACGGUGGCGCCGUCAUCUUCAACCAGCAGUUCUACGAACACUUCAGAUACAGCAUCAAAAACGCCCCAAUCGUAUGCUCAGACAGCGAAAGAAAGGAAGGAAAAAAAGCAAAAAGGUAAGAAGACAGGAAACCGCGAAUUAGAUUGUAAUGCUUAUAUUCUCGAAGCGACUGAUAGAAGUUCAUCAAUAGAAGGUGUUUCCCAUACAGAAAGAGAACAGGAACCAGCGGGAGCUCGAAAUAGGCCGGAAAAAAAGCGUACGUUUUCGUGGAUAGUGCUUUGGGAUAAACUUAAAACACAAUUGUUAAAUGAAGCGGCACCCUUGGAGGACAGGAUAAAGAAAUGUAUUGACAUAAUUUGGAAAGCGGCUAUAUCCUUUGCAGUACAGUACCUAUCGGAAAUUCCUUGUCUUAGUUUUUUGAACAGUUAUGGAUAGUAAAGACAGAACCUCCUCAGUAAACGUACUUCAAUGGAAUGCGCAAAGCCUUAGGCCAAAGAAAACAGAGUUCGAGGCACUUUUAUAUCAGGAAAAAAUUCAUGUAGCACUAGUA